AUCAACUAUAAGAAAAAAGAGGGGGAAAUAAAACACUGAAAAAAAAUUUCAGUUGUGUUCUUGGCCUCUCCGAGUGCCCUUUCAUUCAGGGAGAAAUGUUCUUGGGUCAGCCCAAGAAUGCUGGUUUUCCAUUUAGCUGGGAUCUCAGUAGUCAACUGGCCAGCCUCUCCCUUGCUGGAAACAUAAUCCCUAUUCCUGACUCUGCCAUUGAGGAGGGGAAGGCUCUCUGGGCCGCAGAUAACCUUUGGAACGCCAGUGUUGAAAAUCAGGGCCAGAUGAAGAUGUACAUCCAUGAAGUGUGUCGGGAGACUGUGUCACUCUGCUGCAACUCAUUCCUGCAGCAGGCCGGAUUCCAUGUGUUAGUAAGCAUGGCAGUUAUUAAUAACAUGCUGGCCAAGUCCAUUUCAGACUCGAAGUUUCCUUUGCUAUCUGGGGGAAGUGAAUGUGCUGAGGGGCAGGUUUUGAAACCCUUGAUGGGUUUGUCUGAAAAGCCAGUCUUGGUGGGGGAGUGGCUGGGUUCCCAAAUGCUGCCCUCUUUCCUGUCCCUCUCGAUCAGGAACACGCACAGACAGCUUCUCCCGGACACCCUGGCCUCCUAAGUGACCCUCUCCACCAGGAUGGGACUGAUCCACCCCAAACCAAAAUCCGAUCGGUGAUCGCGCACUUGUGUUCUCAUUCAGAGACUCUGCAGUGGGUGCUGUUAAAGAUCCAGCCUUAGCCGAUCACCACAUGUCUGGGUGAAAGUCACACUUGCCGAAUCCAGGACCACACUCUUGUUGGCCAGGCAGGGUUCCCACAGAGCUUGCAGGAAGCUCUUGGUCGUGCAGUCCACAGGCAGUGUGCGUUGUAAAUUGCUCCCUUACAGCCUUCUUCCUGGGGGAAAGGGCUCAUUUCAGCUGCCAGCCGUGGUUAAAGAACAGGGUACUCUAGCCUCACAAGGGAUGGCUUGCCUGUGCUGGUCUCCCCGUCUAAGCCGGACCGGACCGAGUGAUGGAGGCCAGACGUCUAUGGGAGCUUGUGCUGAAAAUGCAUUGGUUGCUGCUGCUUAGGGUGAAUUCUUGUUCAUUUACUCUCUUCUUCCCGAGCCCAUGGGUGGUAAACUCUGCUCACCCAGAACAUUCCCCUCCCCUUGUACGUGCCCUACUGACUGAACCUCACCCACCAAGUCUGCGUUGGUAUGUAUCAUCAAUAAACGUGUGUGCUUUGAUGGGCAAAACCGAGACA